UAAUGUACCUUUCGUCUUCCCAGAUUGAUUUCGCAAUCCAGUCGCGAGAUACUGACGUAAUCAUUUCGCGACUCCAUUGUCAGAUGGGAAAGCAGUGACGAGCUGAGAUGGCAUCAGAUGAUGAAAUAAGUUUUCUGGUUAUUGUGGUGGACGUUAACCCCAUAUGGUGGGGUCAGCAAGCACAACGGGAAUCCGAGUUCACCUUGUCCAAGUGUGUGGACGCAGUCAUGGUGAUGGGGAAUUCACAUUUGGUCAUUAACAGGGCCAACAAGUUAGCCAUUAUCGCCAGCCACUGCCAGGAGAGUCAUUUCCUGUACCCCAGUAAACAUUGGAAGUCUGGGGACGCCACUGGAGACGACUCAGCACCAGCCAGCGGGGACGGCAAAUACGAGCUCCUGUCAGUGGCCAAUGACCUGAUCGCCGAGGAAAUCAAGAGCCUCAUGGCAAGAACCGAUGUGAGGGGCCUCCAGACGGACACCCUGCUGGCGGGAACUCUGGCCAAGGCGCUCUGCUAUAUUCACAGAGUCACAAAGGAGCUGGAAGCUGGACAAGAAAUAAAAUCAAGGAUUUUGGUCAUUAAGGCUGCAGAGGACUGUGCUCUACAGUACAUGAACUUCAUGAACGUGAUCUUCGCGGCUCAAAAGCAGAAUAUCCUGAUCGACGCAUGUGUGUUGGAUGUUGACUCUGGUCUUCUCCAGCAGGCCUGUGACAUCACAGGGGGGUUGUACCUGAGGAUACCACAGAAGCUUGCUCUGGCACAGUACUUGCUAUGGGUGUUCCUGCCAGAUUCCGACCAGCGCUCCAAGCUGAUCCUUCCUCCUCCAGUUCACGUGGACUACCGAGCAGCUUGUUUCUGCCACCGGAAUCUCAUCGAGAUCGGCUACGUCUGCUCAGUGUGCCUGUCCAUAUUCUGUAACUUCAGCCCUAUCUGCACAACAUGCGAAACUGCCUUCAAACUGCCAUUGCCUCAGAUGCUGAAGUCAAAAAAGAAGAAACUGAAACCAUCAACAUAACGAAGGCAUUUCAAAUUUCAACGUCAAAUUCAAAUAACAAUGUAAAAACGGCAUUUGUAAUUAUGUUCUUACAGAGGUUUUGGUUUCUUUUUUACAAUUCUACCAUUGAAUAUUCUUAAAUGUGCCAGAUCUCUGAAUAAAUGGAAGACGUGUUAUCUGAUAGAAUUGUGUCAUCCAGUGUACAAGAAAAUCUGCUAUUAUUAAUUUAUUUUGAAUAUCUACAGUGUAUUUUUACAUGAAACAUGCCAUCUAAAGCUAUAGCAUUAACUAUUUUGAUAUACUUUUUUAAACCAGUCUGUGUUUUGUAAUUACAUUUGUGUAUCAUUAAUAAAGUUCAAAUGCAUAUAAUAAAAAGA